AGGUCUCUCCCAUUUUUCCCUUCAGCUCAACCUCCUUUGUAUACCUAGAUCGAGCUCAGAUCACGGUCCCAGUUCACGACCGUGAAUUGAAAGCUCAGACCGUGAUCUCAAGUCUAAACGCGCCGCAUCACUAAGUCCUGUUCACGUGCAAUGGGCUCAGGUCACGGUCUUACGACCGUGAACUAACUUGAGCCUAGUGAAAGUCUUUUAAGCUCUGGCUGUUCACGGGUAGCACCUCCAGUUCACUGUCUUAGUGACCGCGAACACACAGCCCAAACCGUGAUCUGCUGCUGCUUCCACCAUUUGACUUGAUUUUUCUCCCUUUUGUCCAACUUUCGACUCUGAGGUUGGUUCCACUUGCCAUAGACUGAAAAACACCAAAACGAGACAAAACCCGGCAUAAAAUUGAACCUCUAGGAGUAAAAAUGCUCUAAACGACGAAGCAAACUGGGGAUAAAGUGUACAAUUGAGCCCGAAUCAUUUUCUCAACCCACUCUAUUUGCUUUGCUGAGCGCUGGACAUCCUCUUCCAUUUCAAAGGAGGAGUAAGGAUAGGUAGUGAAUUGGAAGGCCAUAUUGGAGUAGACCCUGUCAGUAUUCUAAAUGGAUUUGUUAGUAUCCUGAACAAACUGCUCAACAGCAAGCUCAAACUGGCUCUGGAUGUGGAAUAUAGCAUGACUCUACAUAAUGGCUCAUGAAGGUUGUCACAACUAACUCCAACUCAGAUGGACCCUCUAGUUGUGGAAAGAAAUCUUCUUGAUAAGGAGGUGGUUCUUGAAAUGCCCAAGGUCUAGUUGUGCAUUGUAGAAGGGAGGUUGUUCUUACUGAAACCCGAAUUCGUAGUCUUCUCUGUACUGGUUAUCCUAUGAGGCUUAGGGGUAACACCAAUCUGGUGUUGAUUGAUACUCCCACUAGUCAGAAAAGCAGCUGGGAUUCAUGAUUCAAAUCUGCACAACCAAAAACAAAAACACUCAAGUGAAAAGAAAGGGUGGAAAAUAAAAAACAAUAUAAACAAAAACUAAAUUAACAAACUUCUGUCUUUCCUAAUAAUCUAUAAAGUUCCUCGGCAAUGACACCAAAAUUUGACUCACUAAAACACAACUCUUAACAAUAGUCAAGUGUAACCAAUGAAAGGGACUGCAAUAUAGUGGCACAAGUAAUAAAUAUCAAAUCCAUAGGCCUCUAGAUUUACUAUUACUCAACUUCAAUUUAUUAUUCAACAGAACAUAUUAAGAUAGAGGAACUACAACUACUCUAACAAAGUAAACUAAGGUUAGAUUAAUUAGAGGUUGAGAACUCAUUUAGGUAUGAUUCCCCCUAGUCACUAGCCAGAUUAAUGAUUGAUGAUCUCUAACUUGAUUCACUUUCAUUCACAGUGCGGAGAGUCCUUGACUGGACCUUGAGUCUCAACUAAAGCAAUCAAGGCCCUCUUGAAUGGAUUGCUUAGAGAGAUGUAUCAUUCUCUAGAACAACUGAUCAAGGCGUUCUUCACUAGACUUCCUCUAUCGAAUGAGGUUGUCAAUCGCUAUAUAGCAAGAAAUUGAUUCACUAUUCAUGCAAUCAAACGCCUACUAUUAAUCUAGGGUGCUCUCUUGAUCUAAUAAGGUUUUUCCUCUCAUAGAUACAAAGCAGAAUCAAUAAUCUCGACUAAGCAGAAUUGAACAUCUAAACAUGUAUAGAUUGUAUAUGAACUCAAGAUAAUCAAAAGAGAGUACUCAUACAAUCAUCCAAUCAAACAAACAUAGCUAGGAUUACUCAAAACCUAAGUGAAGGGAAGUAUCCAUAGAGAAGAGAGAGAAUACAAAAAUCUAAUCUAGAUCUUCAAUCUCCCUUAGAGCUUCUUAGGCCAUUUUUUGGAGAGGUUCAACAUAGGUUUGUCACGAGUUUUGAGGAGGUGAGGUAACCAACUUAAGGAUAAAUUUUAUGGUGUGGAAGAUCUGUUUUAACCGAAACCACAGAGCAUUCUAUGAUUUCCUUUGGUAGUGGAAGAGAAGCAUGGGAGAAGAGUGGAGUGAUGAUGCAAGUGAUGGGGUAUUUAUAAUUUUUUGAGAGGAAGCAGUUUGCAGCAUUGUCUAGCAAACCAAGCAAGCCGCAUAUAUUUUUCACGAUCAACAGUUGUCCGCUCUUCUACCCAGCAAUCCGCGUCGCUAGAAACAGACCCAAUCAGCACUUUGGGUCGUGGAUCACUUCUAAAGCACAGGAUCCAAUGCCACGAGUUGUGCAUCACGUUAUUCUUAGCGAUUCACAUCGUCCGAUAGGGGUGUUCAAACGGUGUGGUUACCGUGGUAACCCUUUUAACCAGUAGUAUUUGGAUACUUUGGUUUGGUUAAUUUGGAUAACUGGUUUGGUUACAUUUUUUAACUUGUUUGGUUUAUGUGGUUUGGUUUGCUUUCAGACACUCCAAACCAAUCAAACCAAACUAACCAGUUAAAUAAUUAGCCAUAUAUCUAAUAUAUAUUAUAUACACAUGCUUAAUAUUUUGCAUAACCGCUCAAGAGUCAAAUGUAAUAUAAUUGUAUUUGUUACAAGUAUUUACGUUAAGGGUUAACUAUAAUUAUGUGGAUUGUUAUGUGUUAUUCAUUAUAUAAUUGCAAAUUGAUGCACUAAUUGGAAAUUUUUCUCACUUAAUGAUAAUGUGAUGUUAUAUUGGUUAUUUUGGUUCACCAAUUAACCAAACCGAUUAAACUUUAAUUUAGUUAAUUUGGUUGUUGUAUUAGUUUGGACGGUUUGGUGAUGAUAUUGUAUUCCAUAAUUAGUAAAAUUUAUGCUUAUUUGAUUUGAUAAUUACCAUAGUAACCAUUUGAACACCGCUAUCAUCCGGUCUGCACCAAUCACUUUUCUCCAGCGCAAUCUAUUUGGAUCGCUUUAGCUCUAGGCGAAAAACUCUUUCUUUGCUUCUCUUUCCAACGAACAGCGUAGUUCGCUUUUGUAUGCCAUAGUAGAAUUUUUUGCCUAAUUCACUUUGGAGUCAAGCGGAUCACUACAUCUAUAUUAUUUUGGGAAACAUUAGUGUAAGUAUAGUAUUUUGAAAAUGCGUUAUAAGUAUAAUAUGCUAAUUUAUUAUGACGUUUUAUCAAAUAUAUCCUUCUACUAUUUUUUACAUCAAACAUUUCUCAUGUACUUUGUAAAAAUGAUCAAACAUGCCUUUUGUUAAAAUUUUCAUUCAAAAACCGUUAACCAAUGUUGAACUUAGUUUGAGCGACACAAAUGACAAAAAUAUCCCUAAUAAAUUCACUUUAGAAAUUUUUUGGUUCUUUUGUAUAAUCAAAUCAUUCAAAUAAUUUCACUUUGAAAAGACCCAGGGAAAUAAAACAGGGGACAAAACUGACAUUUUCCCUCCCAUUUGCUGAUGUCGGGUCGUCUAAAUCUCAAUUCAACCAUGAUUGCCGAUUUUUUCAAUGGAAAUUUUAACAAAAGGGCAUAUGCUUGAUAAUUUUUUCAAAGUACCGGAGCAUAUUUGAUGUAAAAAAAUAGUAAAGGGGCAUGUUUGAUAAAACGUCUUAGUAGAGGGCAUAUUAUACCUAUAACCCUUUGAAAAUUUGUAUUAGUAAGUGUGGUAUGUUUAUUAAAAAUUUUAUUAAUAUUUUAAGUGACAUGACGUGUUGACUGGACGAAACUAACAAUUUUUUGGAUGGAGAUGGACGGAAUGACCAUUUCGUUAUCCUCUCAAACUUAUGUUACCGAAACGUACAAAAUGAAAUAUUUAUGAUAAUUAGCAUGGACCAGGAAACCAGAUCGUACAGGCCGGUUCAACUGGUUCAACCAGGAAUUGGACCAAGAGCGAUACGGUAGGCUGGUUGGUAUAAGAAUAUCGGACCGGCCGGUUUUUCCAGCUUAACCGGUACAAAAGGAAAAACCGGCAGGCUUUGGUCUGGCCGGCGGUGGGUUUACAGGAAGGGAAAACGUCGCCGUUUUAUACUCAAAAUAAAAAUAAAAAAGGCCAAAAACGCAUACCUAAUUUGGGAGCCCUUUUGACCUUUCCUCUCGUCGCAUCUUUCUUCCCCAGCGCAGCCCCGCCUGCUGUUUCUCCUCCUCUCCUCUGGCCGUCUGGCGAUUGGCGACUGCAGUGGGGACGCGCGACCGGUGACCCGCAACCCGCGACCACCUCUUCGCCGCUCGUCUUCUAUUCUUCUCUGGCGAUUGGCGACUGGCGCCGAUCCCUGCGCUCCGCCGCUCCUCUUCUCUGAUGUCCUUCCUCGUCUGAGGUUAGGGUUUGGUGGCAGGAAGGAGCUCGCCAAGUUCUCUCCUCCUCAGUCGCGUCGCUGCUCGAUCUGCUCAAGAACGCCUAUUAGUUUAUUCAUGCUGCACUUUGUUGAUUUUAUAUUACUUAUGCCUAUUAGUUUAUUCAGGUUUGUUAACCGGUAUAUUCCGGUUUUAUUCUGGUAUUACUCCGAGACGGUAUCCUAAAUACCUCGGUACAGUUUUUAACAAAAAAAAUAUUAUUUAAUUACAAAAACUAUAUUUUACCAUUACACAAUGGUUGAAUCACGGUCGUACUACAAAAUACCAUACCACAGAUGGAUCUAGGGAUGGCAAAAAUAUCCGUAACCGUGGAUAUCCGCCCGAAUUCGGCCUAAUUGGGUAGGGUAAAACCCGAACCCGAAGGACAUUUAGUGGGUACGGGUACAAUCCGAACCCGAAUAUUGCGGGUAAUGGGUGGGCAUGGGUUUCUCACUAUCCAACCCGAACCCGCCCGAUUAUACACAUGCAUAUGUAUUUUGUCUAGAAAUAAUCAAUAUUUUUCUCUAACAUAUUUUAUAUUUAGCAUAUAAAUAUAAUAUUUUCAUGAAAUUGUGUAGUUUUAAUUAAUUUUCUUCAUCCUAGUGAAUUAUUGUCGUACUUUUCCUCUUACGUAAUGUGAGAAUACGUAUGAAUGUUAACAUAUUGGUUAAGAGAAAUUAUUACCCAUGGAUAACCGUGGAUACCCGAAACCCGAACGGGUAUGGCCAUGGUUUUGAUUUUCUACCCAUUUCACAUGUGAGUAUGGGUAUGGGUAAAACCCGAACUACUAUGGAUAGGGUAACGGAUAUGCACUAUCCGCGCCCGACCCAUUGCCAUUCCUAGAUGGAUCCGAUAUGACGUCCGGUACGGUUUCUUUUACCAUGAUAAUCCGCCGUGGUAUGUUGGGAAAAAAUCGUCUAUUAAUUGACAAAAGUAACCUUGGAGUUCGCAAUAAUUUACUAAAUAAUCGCUGCUUCAUCUCUUUUGUAGUGUCUGUAGUUCAUACAGAGGCGGUAAUUGGUUUAACAGCUCUCCCUUCGUUUCACGCUGCCAUCUGCUACCUCUUCGCCCGCUCUCUGCACCGCUGUCGCCUUCACCUCAGUUCGGCUUUUCCUCUCCGGUGGUCGGCGGUCGGUUUCGUACCCCAAACUGCCACAGUUUAACAACGACUCAGUAGUCAGCACCAGCUCUUUUCUUCCCGUCGGCCACCGCCUUUGCCGCCAGAACUAUCCGCUUUGUCAGCUAGUUUCUCAAAUAUUUCUGGCAAUGAUUAAUCAGUUAUGGAAGCUGUUCCUCCACGAUAGCUACUACGCCAAGUACUUAGUUGCGAGGCAAGAAUCCUACAGGCGGCUAGCCGACCACGUUCUGCGGCGCUGGCAAUCGCGAACCUCCGGGGAUACUUUCCAGGAAUCAGACCCUACGAGAAGAGAAGCGACGGACUCCCCUCAGGUUUCUUCCAGGCCCAUGCGCACCAAAUCUACCGCUAGCAGUGAAAACGACGCAGGCUCCAAUAAAUGGAAGCUGGAGCCUGUUUGGUUCACAAAAACCCUUGAACCAGCCUUGCAAUUCUGCAGGUGGGCGCUACCUGGAGGGAGUGGGAUUGGAAACAAAGUCCCUCCAAGUGGUCGAUCUAUUUCAGAAGUAAUUUCUAGCAUUCAGAGGAGUAAGAUUGGAAUUGAGGAUUGGACCUUGAGUGAUUUUACGAUUGGCUUGUAUCUUCUAUAUCUUCGUCAGGGUUCUUUGAAUGCGUUUGAGGAUGUUAAGGGGAUUCAAGUCUCUUCUGAAGCAAUAAUUGAAGAUCUAAUAUAUCACCUUGAGUUGGCAAAAGGCUGUUAUAAGGGUGAUAUUUCUGGUCUUAUCCGGCACAGCAUGCUCCGGGAGAAAAAUAUUCUCAAAUAUGUGAAAGAUUCUAGUGUGAUGAGGCCUGGAUACUACAUUGGCAUUGAUCCACGCAAGAAGCUUGUGAUUUUGGGAAUUCGUGGUACUAAUACAGUAUAUGAUCUCAUCACUGAUAUUGUUUCGUCAAGUGAUGAUGACGUCACUAUUGAGGGUUAUUCAACCCAUUUUGGCACUGCUGAAGCUGCUCGUUGGUUUCUUAAACAUGAGAUGAAAACCAUAAGGAAGUACUUGGAGACUCAUGAUGGAUAUAGGUUUAGGGUAGUGGGUCAUUCUCUUGGAGGUGCCAUUGCUUCUUUGCUGGCAAUCAUGCUCCGCAGAUGUUCGCAUGAAGAACUUGGAUUUUCUCCUGAGCUUGUUUCUGCUGUUGGGUAUGCUACCCCACCAUGCGUCUCCAGCAAACUUGCUGAAAGUUGUUCAGAUUUCGUUUCUAAUGUUGUAAUGCAGGAUGAUAUCGUACCUAGGUUAAGUGCAGCUUCUUUGGCACGAUUGCGGAAUGAAAUUCUUCAAACUGAUUGGACCAGUGUAAUUGAGAAAGAAGACUGGAAAAGCGUUAUAGGUAUGGUCACCAACGCAAAGCAAGUUGUGUCUUCAGUUCAAGAUGUGGCUAGCAAGCUGGCUGACUUUGCUAAGUUUUGGGGUAAGAGUUCUCCUGAUUCUCCUACCAGGAAGGCACCUCGUGUUGCUUUGACCUCCAAAGCUGCCACAGAGAACGCUGAUAUCAAUGAAAAGGAAGGACACACAAAUAUCGUGCCAGAGGAGUUGUUCGUGCCAGGGUCCGUAUACUAUCUCAAACGGAACGUCGAUCUCAGCAGCAGCAGCAGCAGCAGGGGCUUGGAAUAUUUCACAUUGUUGAAGAGGCAGCCAGGUGAGCAUUUCCAGAAGAUAAUUUUGUCGAACAACAUAAUUUCAGACCACAAAUGCGACAGCCAUCAGUACGCUCUGCGGGACGUACUCAAAGGCUUGCCUGGUGCUCGGGAUGAAGUCAUUUUCAGAUGACGAAGUAGCCAUUACCCAUCACUGCCACACCCCAUGUUAGCUGGGCAGUAAAUUUUGCAACCUUAAUAAUGUACAGUCAUUAAUUUCUUGUUUCUACUUCAUGUUCAAUAAUCAUGCAUUUGUAAAAGGCAAAGGGGGGGUUAUGCACUGUAAUAAUCAGUUCCUUUUUUUUUCUGUCAGUUUAUUGGAUCUUAAGUUCUUAAUCCUCCAAAUGUUUUCUCUCCUACAAUCCAAACUCCGUUUACAAUAGUUGGUGCUGUUAAGAAGAAAGGUUGGCACUUGAAAAGAAAAUAAGAACUUUGAUGACCGUCCGGGAUCAAUGGCGAACUUGAGGCAGCUGAUUGAGAGAUUUGUCAAACUGGGUGAGGUGUCUGUAGUGCCAUUCUCAUCUCUUCUGGGCCGGCUUUGGCCCACAACAGUGAACCAGAGCAGCCGGGAAAUCGACAAAUCGUACCAGAGUUUUUUUUUUCCCUUCCACACUUGCAAAUUACGGCACCUGUGAAAAAGUAGUUCACCCGAAUAUUUUUAGAACUUAAACGCACUGUUGUGGGCAGCAAUAGUCGGAUCUCGUUUCCCCGUCUCGGAGUUCCGUUCCAACUUCCAAUUCAUUCCCCAUCGGCCUAGAAGAAGACGAAAGAAACCUCCUGUAAGCUUUGCUGUAAUUCCUUUUCGAUCUUUUUGUAGAUCUAGAUCGGCGCUCCUCCUGUAACCAUCCGUCUCAUUUGCGUAAUUCCAAUGUUUCAAUUACGAAUUUCCCUCUCUUUGACGUCUCUGCCUUCAAUUUCUGCCCAUUUAGAAGCGGUCCCGGAAGCGAAGAUAACUAGAGCGGAAUACCCUUUAAAUAAAUAGAGAGAUAGAGUGGCGACGGUGUUUUGAUUGUUCCAGCCAUGAAUUCCAGAAGGUUCGUUUCUUGCUCUCCUCUCCUGUGUUUGACACUGUCUUCUGUAUGAAUCUUCACGGCUUGUCUAGGGAUCUGUUUGUUGUAUUGGCGGCUCAGAGGUUUUUUUUCCCCCUGUGUUUGUGGGUGUUGCAAUUUGUAGAUUAGUAGUACCACGCGAAUUCAGUGCCUGCGAUAUGUCGAUUCCUCUACUUGGGGCAUGAUUUUCUCUCUGCGAAUAAUGUUCUGGGGCACUCUUUUGAUCUGGAAAGCCCGUGUUUUAGUGGCGCAGAAGUUAAUCGAUUCUUCCUUUGAUCAUCUUUCAUGAGUGUGAUGCUAGAGAUAUGUUUAGGAGUUGCAGAUUUUAGUUUGAUUUUGGUUGAGCAUGUAGAAGCUGUGUCCAGGAGCUAAGCAUUUCCCUCCUCGUUUUGGUUAUAUGGUCCACUAAAUCAUUCAAUAUCUGAUGAGGCGCAUAGAAGAAACACCUUGGGAAUAAGUUUCUUUUUUUUUUUUUGUGUGGUUAAUCAUAUGCCGUCCUUCAAAUUGAUAGGUGCACAAACACAGGAUGAAAAUGGAUUCUUCUCGUGGUGGUUUGUUGUUCUUGGCCUGAUGCAUUCACAUUCUUCACUCUAGUCCAGCUGUACACAUCGAAGGCUUGCUAUUAACAUCAUCUUGUAUCUUUAACUUAUCCAGAAGUUGUAGAGCACAAAGUAUUAGCGUGAAUCUUCUGAAAUAAAAAAUAGUAUGACGUGUUUGAUAAUGUGGUAAAUUGGACAGUCCCUUCCACUGUGUCUCGCAAUUCUCAAAUGACAUAGUUUUCUAAUGAGCUAUUAGAUAAUAUUAUUUCUGAAAAUACCGCCUAAUUGUCUUCGAAAGCAUCCUGUUGUGCGUAAAAAGGUGCUGCAAAUAGACUUGUGUUUGUUUUAUUUCUGGGGAUCUACCUAUUUUUUAGCUCAGCUUGAUAUAGGUGCUUUUUGUUUUAAAUUGACAAUGAACCUGCAAAUGUAGU